UCCUCCUCCACUCGGCUCUGGGCUCGAUUGGUUCCGCCUUUUCCCUGCCGCUCACACGUGUUGUGUUUGGGGGAGAUAAACAUGGCGGCGCCCUCGAGUGAAGCGCAGGUUGUCCCUGUGAAGAAGCCCACAGUGCGAGGACCACGGCGGGUCGCCAAUCAGAUUCCAAAUGAAAUCCUGCAAGACCCCGAGUUACAGGAGGCAAUCAAAGCCCUGCCUGCGAAUUACAACUUUGAGAUCCACAAGACGGUUUGGCGGGUGAGACAAGCAAAUUCGAAGAGAGUGGCCUUGCAGCUUCCAGAGGGCCUACAGAUGUUUGCCUGUGUCAUUGCUGACAUCAUUGAGAGGUUCACAGAGGCAGAUACCAUAGUGAUGGGCGACGUGACAUACGGGGCCUGCUGCGUGGAUGACUUCACCGCCCGAGCCCUGGGAGCCGAUUUCAUGGUGCACUACGGCCACAGUUGUCUCAUCCCCAUAGACUCCACAGCAGGCAUUAAGAUGCUGUAUGUGUUUGUGGAUAUCCAGAUGGACAAUGCACACUUCCUGGAAACGGUCAAGCUCAACUUCCCUCCUGGACAAUCUCUGGCACUCGUCAGCACAAUUCAGUUUGUUGCAGCACUGCAGGCUGUGAGCACAGCCCUCAAACCAGAGUAUGACGUGCUGGUCCCACAGUGUCGACCUCUGUCACCAGGAGAAAUUUUGGGCUGUACCUCUCCUCGCUUGGAGCGCAACGUCAAUGCCAUCAUUUAUCUGGGAGAUGGAAGAUUUCACCUGGAGUCAAUCAUGAUUGCAAACCCAGAUAUCCCUGCCUACAGAUAUGACCCCUACAGUAAGGUGUUCACCAGGGAGUACUAUGACCACGAGGCCAUGCGUGCCUUAAGGCUCCAGGCUAUUGACAAGGCUCGAUCGGCCCAGAGGUGGGGCCUGAUCUUGGGCACGUUGGGCAGGCAGGGCAGUCCCAAAGUCCUGGAGCACCUGGAGUCGAGACUUCAAACACUGGGCAAGCCUUUCACUCGAGUGCUCCUGUCUGAGAUUUUCCCCAGCAAGCUGGAUCUGAUGUCAGACGUUGAUGCGUGGAUCCAGAUCGCCUGUCCACGUCUUUCCAUCGAUUGGGGCACAGCCUUCUCCAAACCCCUUUUGUCCCCAUAUGAGGCAGCUGUGGCUUUGCAGGAGGUUGGCUGGAAGGAAGUCUACCCCAUGGACUUCUACUCCAAUCAGAGCCUGGGGCCAUGGGCGCCCAACCACCCUGACAACCAACCUGUGCGGCCUACUCGCAGACAGAAACAAGGCCCAGAGACAGCUCUUCCUACCAAGCAGUGUGGGCAGAACAAGUGCGCCCCCUGUGGCUGCCAAGGGGAAUAACAAGUCGUGACCGGGCGCUGUCUUUGACUGGUUUCACGCCUGCCAGUCGUUCUCUAGCUCUGCUAACAACCGAAAGGGAGGUCAGACCAGAGGAAGCAGAAGUGGGUAUUUGUCCAGACAGUCUAUCAGCGAGCAGAGCUAAAAACCAGUCCAGCCUCAACUGGAUUACCAGCCAUUUUACAGCACAGCAGAUCAAACCAAAUUCAUUACUCUCAUUUACAUUCUCUGCUUGUGUUCUGUGCUCAAAAUACACGCAACUGAGAGAACAGCAUGUGUGUGUGUGUGCUCCUGCACGCUCUCACGUGUUAAAUUCCCAUGAAGGAGCUGCUCUAUGCAGCACAAAGAAAGGAAUUCUUCCUGCUCGGGGGAAAUGUGUGGGCUUUUCUAUAAUGAAGACACGGCUUUUGUAAGCAAAAGAUGACCUUGAGCACAUUGUAUGGAAUUAAAGUGUCUUAAUGUGGGUGGCUUCAGUCACAUUGUCCUUGGAUAAACCACUGUAUAUUGUCAGACUCUUAAAAAUGUGUUUCAAAGACAGUCAUCAACACUGUAUGAAGCACUUUAUUUGAUGUACAGUAUGUGACUUUUCACAGGAGCAUCCUGCCGCAAUGUGGAGAAUAAAAAAUGUGAUGCAUUACGACGUAACCUUC